AUGUCAGUCUAUAAUUAUCUCUCUAUAUCUCUAUCUAUAAAAGGCAGGAUCUUCUGUUCGUUAUCUAUCUAUCUAUCUAUCUCACUUGAUCAUAUCUAUCUAUCUAUCUAUCUAUAUAUCUAUCUAUCUAUCUAUCUAUCUAUCUCUGUUGACAUCUACCAAUCUCACUCUGUUGAUAUCUAUCUAUCUAUCUAUCUAUCUAUCUAUCUAUCUAUCUAUUUAUCUAUCUAUUUACCUCUUUGGAACCUAUCUAUCUAUCUAUCUAUCUAUCUAUCUAUCUAUCUAUCUAUCUAUCUCAGUCUCUUCAUUUUCUAUGUCAGUGUAUUCAUAUCUGUCUAUCUAUCUCAGUCUCUUCAUUUUCUAUGUCAGUGUAUUCAUAUCUAUCUAUCUAUCUAUCUAUCUAUCUAUCUAUCUAUCUAUCUGGUCUGUUUAUAUCUAUCUCAAUCCCUUCGUUAUCAAUGUGAGAAUAUUCAUAUCUAUCUAUCUAUCUAUCUAUCUAUCUAUCUAUCUAUCUAUCUAUCUGUAUGUCUGUCUAUUUAUCUCAAUAUCUUUAUCUAUCUGUCUAUCUCAAUGUGUUUGUUAUCUAUCUAUCUAUCUAUCUAUCUAUCUAUCUAUCUAUCUAUCUUUAUCGGUUUUUCCAUAUCUAUUUAUCUAUCUAUCUGUUAA